GCAAUAAUAGAGUCUCUGUCAUUUACUUUUCUUUAUUAUCUCCUUCACCAGUUUCGCCCUGAAAUCGUGAAAUCAUCUGAAUUAGGGCUUCUUCUUCAUUCUCCCGUUUCCGAUUAAUCGGCGAUUCCGAAUUCAUCACAGUCCGUCUCAGGUUACGGUUCGCCAUUGAUUAGUCUACAGGCCUCCCGAAUUGUUGAAGGGGAGGGUUUUGAGUAUGGGCGGCGGUGAUACUAGUGCUGCGGCGGCAAAAGAGGAUAACGAGAAUAACGCCACCGGCGAUCAAAAAGUUAUAAUCAAUGUCCGAUGUUCCAACGGCUCCAAAUUUACCGUUCAGGUGGCUCUAGACUCAAGUGUUGGAUCCUUCAAGUCCACCCUUGCUCAGCACUCCGACAUUCCAGCCGAGCAGCAGAGAUUGAUCUAUAAAGGCCGGAUCUUAAAGGACGAGCAAACCCUAACAAGCUACGGUCUUGAGGCAGAUCAUACCGUCCAUUUGGUUCGAGGUUUUGCACCAGCUGCCGCUGUUAAUACUGCAAGUGCAGUCAAUACUGGAAAUCCAAAUGCUAAUCAGAAUGCACCCUCUGAUGCCGCUCCAAAUGUAGGUGGACCAUUUUCCGGUUCGGGCCUUGGUGCUUCAUUGUUUCCUGGUCUUGGAAGUGGUGGUGGUCUACUUGGAGCUGGCCUUCCGGAUUUCGAGCAGGUCCAGCAGCAGUUAACCCAAAACCCCAAUAUGAUGAGAGACAUGCUGAAUAUGCCUCUCGUUCAGAAUUUAAUGAAUAACCCAGAAAUCAUCCGUAACAUGAUUAUGAACAAUCCUCAAAUGCGAGAGAUCAUGGAUCGCAAUCCAGAGCUUGCCCACGUUCUUAAUGAUCCUGCUACUCUUCGUCAGACAAUGGAGGCUGCACGAAACCCUGAACUUAUGCGUGAGAUGAUGCGUAAUACUGACAGGGCAAUGAGCAAUAUUGAAUCUUCCCCCGAGGGAUUUAACAUGCUGAGGCGCAUGUAUGAAAAUGUCCAAGAGCCUCUCCUAAAUGCAACAACUAUGGGUGGAGAUGCAAGAAGUGAUGUGGGUUCAAACCCGUUCGCAGCUCUUUUGGGGGCCCAGGGUACGGGGCAAGGCAGAAACCAGUCAACUAAUCCUCCAACUACUGGUUCUGAGGCUACUGCUAACACACCUGCUCCAAAUACUAAUCCACUUCCUAAUCCUUGGGCUUCGGCUGGCACUGGAGCUGGCCAAACUAAUACCACUGCUAGGUCAAACACUGCUGGGGAAACCAGGGCACCACCGCCUGCUGGCUUAGGUGGACUUGCACUCCCAGAUCUUGAGGGAAUGCUGGGUGGCAUGCCAGAUGCUGCUUCACUAAAUCAGAUGAUGCAAAACCCAGCCGUCUCACAGAUGAUGCAGUCUCUCCUCUCAAAUCCUCAAUACAUGAACCAGAUGCUUGGGACGAACCCACAGCUAAGAAAUAUGCUUGAUUCCAACUCCCAUCUUCGAGAAAUGAUGCAAAACCCUGAAUUUAUUCGGCAGAUGACUUCCCCCGAGACAAUGCAGCAACUUAUGACUUUGCAGCAAGGGCUUUUGUCUCAACUUGGUCGACAACCAACGAACCAACCGGGUCAGAAUGUGGGAGGUGCAGGUAAAUUUUAUGCCCUCGAAUACCUCAAUUCCAAACCCCUAAAUGCAAUGUUAUCAGUGGAGUGUGUAGCCCCUGACAACAACAUGGGAAUGGAAAUGCUGAUGAAUAUGUUUGGUGGACUUGGGUCAGGGGGUUUGGGUGGUGUCCCCAACAGAUCCAAUGUGCCUCCGGAGGAAUUAUAUGCGACUCAGCUAGCACAGUUGCAAGAUAUGGGUUUCUUUGAUACUCAAGAAAAUAUCAGAGCAUUGGUUGCUACUGCAGGCAAUGUUCAUGCCGCAGUAGAGAGACUUCUUGGAAAUCUUGGACAGUAAUGUUUUAUCACUCUUUCAUAUGAGUAGCUUCUGAUGGGGACAGGAUGAAGUCUCUGAUAAUUUGGACAUGGCAAGCGUCAAAUCUUAAUAGGAAGGAGCCUUAACUUUUAGUUGGAAAUAUUUGUUUUGGAGUUUAUUUUUGGAAGGACUCUCAGCUGUUGUCUUCCAUUCUCUUUUUCCCUUGGACCCAAAAAAAGAAAGGAAAUUGAUGGAAGAACAUGUUGCUUGGUCCCUUGUACAUACGAUGUUAAAAUUGGUCCCAUAAAUUGUUUGGUAUAAUUAUAAUUUGUACUUCACUUGUGUCUAGCAUCUCUCUUUUGAUAUGCUAGGCUAAAUGGAUUUUCUUGAUGCUUAGUUAAUUCAGCUGUAGCUGCCUGUAUUUUGCUUGAUCAGUUGCGCACCAAGUUUUUUGUGUGCUAUAUUAUGAUGUGUUGUUCUU